UUGAAAAAUGUCGGUGUUUGAAGUUUACAAGCAAUCCUUAAGUGUAAAAUAUAAAGCCUCCCUCUGUUCUAAAGCAUUUCUUUUAUAUUUAGUUAUAGUUUUACUAACUUUCUUUUUACCGUUUUUAUUCUGUUACAAAAGUCAUGGUUUGUGGCUAAAAUACGAUAAAUAUUUAGAACAACCAGAGGUAGAAUUUAAAUUUGAGUAUUUAUUGAUUUCUGAAACUUCCGAUCCAUUAGUGCCAUUAAUUUGCGGUAUAUAUCCUGAAAAAGUUAUAACUACGGGAUUCUGUCCUAUGAUAAAGGUAGCAGAAGAAGAUAGAAACAUGGAUGGUAUAAAAGAUAAUCUUAAUUUUCAAUUGAACUUGAUGACUAAUGAAACUUUCGAUAUUAAUUCAGUGACGUUACUAUUAUUCUUUAAUUUUAAAAUACAUGAAUUGUGUUUACUUGAAAUGGAAUCUAUGGCUGUUAUUACGCAUAGUUCAGCUAUACCUGGUGGAAAACUAGAUUUGAUUGGUGAUUUAAAAUUAGUUCAAAAAACUCCAUUGGACUGUUCAUUAAAAAAUCCAAUUCGAAUGAAAAAUUCUAUUUUACAAUUCGAAACUUCUGACUGGUUAUUUAACAUUUAUAAGGAUUAUUUAAAACGUUCUAUUUACACUAAACUAGACAAUGUUCUGUUUAAAUGGACAAAGGGACGCAGUUAUCAACAACCUUUUAUUAUAAAUGUUAAAAUAAAUUAUGAUGAAGUUGAAAUCGUCUAUAAACCAAAAUUUUGGCAAAUUAUAAAAUGGGCAUGGAUGCAAUAUUUUUCAAUACUCAUUCUUACAUUAUUUAUUUUUAAAAAGGUCAAACGAUUUCUAUUUACUAAUCAUAUUGUUAAUACUAGGAUUGCUAAACUAACAUAAACCAUUAAAAAAUAUAUAAUUAAAUCUAAAAGCUCAAAUGGAUGGAAAAUUAAUAUUGUAUUUAAUAUUCAUUUAUAUAAAGAGUUAUUUUUUAUUAUACCUACUUUAUUUGGCAGGGCUGUGAAUUCAA